GCGGUCACGUGAUUGUUGGCGUGGUGCCAUCAUCACAUCCAGCAGCUGGUGUCGUCGGUGUAGUCUGCAUCGGUUUGUAACAUCAGUAGCUAGUGAGACAAAUCAACAUGGAUUUUAACGUGAAGAAAUUGGCCUCAGGUGCCGGACUAUUUUUCACACGAGCUGUCCAGUUCACAGAGGAGAAGUUGGGCCAGGCGGAGAAGACUGAGUUGGAUGCCCACUUUGAGAGCCUGAUGAGCCGCGCAGACUGCACCAAACUCUGGACUGAGAAGAUUUACAGACAGACUGAGGUCCUGCUGCAGCCAAACCCAAUCGAUCACACUGGUGCCAGAAUUGAGGAAUUUCUUUAUGAAAAGUUGGACAGGAAGGCGCCAUCCAGAAUUACCAAUGCAGAGCUGUUGGGUCAAUAUAUGCAGGAUGCAGCGAAGGAAUUUGGUCCUGGUACUCCAUACGGUAGCACUUUGAUCGAGGUGGGAGAAUUUGAGAGGAGAUUAGGAGCAGCAGAGAGGGAGUUCCUACAGACAUCAGCAAUCAGCUUUCUCACCCCGCUCAGGAACUUUCUGGAAGGAGACUGGAGGACCAUUUCAAAAGAACGCCGCCUUCUGGAGAACCUUCGCCUGGACCUGGACGCCUGCAAGGCCCGUCUGAAGAAGGCCAAGCAGGCUGAGGCUAAAGCUGCUAUGGCUCCAGACUUCCAGGAGACUAGACCUCGUAACUACGUGCUUUCUGCAAGUGCUUCUGCGCUGUGGAGUGAGGAAGUGGAAAAAGCUGAACAUGAGCUCCGAGUGGCCCAAACAGAGUUUGACCGCCAGGCAGAGGUUACACGGCUGCUUCUGGAGGGCAUCAGCAGUACACAUGUCAACCACUUGCGCUGCCUGCAUGAGUUUGUCGAGGCCCAAGCAGCGUACUACAAGCAGUGUCAUUUCCACAUGCAGGAGCUACAGAAAGAGCUGGGAAGGCUCCCCAAUGCUUUUGCACUGAACUCGACUCCCUCCAUGGUUCCUGCUGGCUCUGCAACAGACGGGGACAGCAGCCCCGUGGAGACAGACACUCUGAAGAUUGAGGAAGUUCAGGCACCAGCUACGGGAACCCGCAAGGCCAAAGUCCUUUAUGAUUAUGACGCUGCUGACUCAAGUGAGCUCUCCCUUUUAGCUGAUGAGCUCAUUACAGUUUACACAGUGCCGGGAAUGGACUCUGACUGGCUGGUUGGAGAGAGAGGGAACCAGAAAGGAAAAGUGCCUGUCACAUACCUGGAGCUGCUCAGCUAAAGAACACACACACAUGCUCACACACUCUAACACACUCUAACACACACACACACACACACACACACACACACACACACACACACACACACACACACACACACACACACACACACACACACACACACACACACACACACACACACACACACACACACGUGCAUGUGCAUGUGUGUGAGUGGGUACUACAAAAAGCCAUGAAGAUUUUUCAUUCACCUUAAUUAUUUCACACUAACCUGUAACCUUCAGUGUUAGGUUUAACACACACACACACACACACUGACAGCAGGGAGAAUGGAGACAUUGUUACAGUGAGGAAAAUCCCGGAGGUGAAGGUCAACAUUCCUUUUAGAUUUGUUUUCUGAUUUAUUAUUAUGAAGACUUUUUUUUUUCUUCUAUUUAUUUUAUUUGGUAUUUAUUGUCGUGCAUCCAAAAGGUUCAGGUGUAACCUUUACACUGUCGGAUAUAUCGAGUGUUCAAAUCCUGUUCUGUUUCUAAAGAAGUCUCCAUCCCUGAACCUAAGUAGAAACAACAUGAUAUGGCCUCUUACAUUUUAAAUAAAUAUAACAUCCAGAAAUCACAGGAGAGAACUGCAGCCUGGCAAGAGAGAGAGAAAAAUGUGAGGGGGGAGGACCUUUUUUAUUUCUUUAUUUUGGAUCUGACAAUAACGGAGACUCUUAAUAUAUAAUUAUAUAUUAAUAAAAAAACAAAAUCAAAGCACAGAGUUGAAAUAUUGCCAACAAUUAUAAAGAUUUCAGGAUUUGAAAUGUCGAAGAAUAAAGUUAAACCUUCAGCCCGUUUAGGAUGUAAAUGAAGGUGUUGGAGGAAAACUUGUUUUUGACUUUUUUUUAAUUCUCCUUUUAUUCUAAUCGUCUUUGUCACCUGAUUAUUGAAAAGCAGAGUGAAACCAU